CUUUCUUUCUCUGUCUUUGUUUCUAUUUCUGGCUUAAUGGUAUUCUUUCUGGUUGUCUGUCCUUCUCACCUUUGCAUUUUGCUCAGUAGCUACAGUAAAUCAGUUACUUUGUGGCGUAUUGUAGCAUACGUUCUGUACAUUCUAUUGUACAUCAUCACACAUGCUUUAACAAUCCAUUGUUUCCCUUAUGGUCUAGUUGCAGUAUAUCUCCUUGGCCUCCUGGUGAAAGAUGGAACUGUCCAGUUGUCCGGCUCCGUUGCUGAUUGGUGAUGACAGCCUGCAGAACUGGUGUGUGAUUGGCUCAGGAGGGUUUGGACAGAUCCACAAGGCCAGACAUGUAGAUUGGGGGUUGGACGUGGCCAUCAAGUUGCUGCAUUAUGAUGAUGGCUCCAGCUCGUCUCUGCUCAGAGAGGCAGACCUCAUGCGCCAGGGGGGGAGCUCGUAUGUCCUCAGGAUCCUAGGGGUGUACCAGGGAUGUCCCCCCUGCUCCGGCCUCUCCAGCCACCUGGGCCUGGUCAUGGAGUUUAUGGAGAGGGGAUCCCUGGCGGCCCUCCAGGAACGUCUCUCCGCCCCCCCACCCUGGCCUCUGUCCUUCCGCCUGGUCCACCAGGUGGCUCUGGGAAUGAACUUCCUCCACCACCUCGAUCCGCCCCUGCUGCACCUGGAUCUCAAGCCCAGUAACGUGCUGCUGGAUGACAGCCUCCACGCCAAGCUGACAGAUUUCGGCCUAGCCAGGGUUUACCACAGCGUUUCCAAAGCGAACAGGAAGGACACGGGAGAGGACGGCGGUACAUUAACUUACAUGCCACCAGAGGCUUUUGACAUGACAUACAAGCCCACCCAUGCCUCGGAUAUCUACAGCUAUGGCAUACUACUCUGGUCCAUUAUCACUGGCGAAGAGCCAUAUCCUAAUGCCCAGUCCAGUUUGGUGCGGUUCCGGAUCCCCCAGGGGGAUAGACCCUCUCUGGCCACUUUGGACAGGGACCAGGUCGAAGGGCUGGUGGAACUGGUGGACCUCAUGAAGAGAUGCUGGGAUACGAAGCCCACCCUGAGACCCUCAUUCCUAGACUGCCUUGCUGUGACAGAGAUGAUUUACGAGAAACACAAACAAGGGAUAAAUGAUGCCGUUCAUGAAGUGCAGAAGAAACUGGACUCAGAGAGUGAUCAGAGUAUAACAUCCACUGUCGCUGCCCUUCAUAUCUCACAGCCAUCAGGAAUUCAAAAACACAAAGUGGAAAUCUCUGAUCGUGUGAAGACUGAACCUCCCCGAAGACAGGAAACGGCUGGUGGUUUGACCUCGAAACAGAAAUAUAAAGAGUAUUCGUCCCUUCAACCCCCAUCGCAGCCAGUGAGAAGGUCAAAUGCAGAUCCGGUCCAUUCUUCAACCAAUCUCAAACCAAAACCUGUACCCAAUCAUGACUGCAAACCAACAGCUUUCCCCUCUGCGUCUAAUCAAAGUCCAGCGGGACAUUUUCAGCGCCAGCAUUCCACUCCAGUUACCCCAUCCAAUUAUUCCACAGAUGGAAUCUACAUCAACAUGAGCAAUGUGACAGGACUCCAGUUGGGUGACAAUAACUGCAUGUUCAUCGGGUCGCAACAUCAAAGUAAACGCCACAGAAACCCCACAGCCCCAUCUAGAGUUAACUUCCCAGCAGCGCAGCCAAGGAACCCUAAAGCUCCUGAGCCAUGGUGAAGUCAGUAACACUCCCAGCUCUAUGCCCGUGAACGAAUCCCUGCCGGAGACCGGGGUUCAAUCCUCGACCGCCUCUCACACUUUGUCUCUCAUCUUAACCUGUCACCUCCUCUGUUUCUAAUCUAUCUGUAAUAAAAACACAAAAUAUUGAGAUUCACUCUCCUUAAAAAAAAUGAAAUUUUAAAGGAUAAUUCUCCUUUUUUUUAUUACUUUUUUGUAACAUUUUGAAUGAUGAAAUCCUGUGCAGCUAGAGAGCAUGGAUUGAUCCAUCUUUGUCCUUUUCAUUCUGUUAAAUUUGCCCACGAGGGACUGGUCUGUACUGACACUUUUAUAUCUUUGUACUAAAACAAGUUCUCAAUUUGUUGUGCUUCAGGGAAGUCAAUAAAAAGCUCAGCUUUACAGAAUGAC